UAUCCGAGGCCACCCUCUACCUGAGAUCCUCGGAAAAUGACAGUGAUAUGCUUUCCCCACUAACCAAAAGCUCCUUCACCUCCAAUAUUACCUCCAUGGCUAACCAAAUCUCCAAUCACCAAGCACCACCGGUUCCGCGUUCCUGUGGGUAGGCUGCUUACUAGUAGCUGCUGUAGUGCUGUGCCUGUCCUGCCAGUUCGCAGAUUCACUUUCAGCCCGCCGCCAAACAAGAAGCUCCAGGUUUCUGAGCAACUCCUGUGCUAAUCAUCCGCCAUGACUCCCAUGGGGCCUUGAUGCCACCUGCCACCCUCGACGACGUCUCUGUUCCAGGGAGACAUCCAUGACUCCCAUGGGGUCUUGCCGCGGUUCAUCUCCCACCACGUCCAUGGCUGGCCCCGUUCUUGACAUGCUCCUGCGGGUCGCCGUCGUGCUGUCUGCUCUGUUGCCCGCGGCGCGCGCCGCGUUCACCCCGGCGGACAACUACCUCGUGCUCUGCGGCACGGCGGCCAACGCCACCGUCGACGGCAGGACGUUCCUCGGGGACGCCAGCCUACCCGCCUCGGUGCUGUCGGCGUCCCGGGGCUCCGAGGCCAACGCGUCGGCGGCGGGAUCGGCCACCGGCUCCGACGACGCGGCGCUGUACCAGUACGCGCGCGUGUUCGCCGCGCCGUCCUCGUACACGUUCGCGAUCACGAAGCCAGGGCGACACUUCGUGCGCCUCCACUUCUUCCCCUUCCGGUACCAGUCCGGUGACCUCGCCGCGGACGCCAGGUUCAGCGUGUCCGUGCAGGGCCUGGUGCUCAUCGACGGGUACUCGCCCGUCAACGGCACGGCCGUGGUCCGGGAGUUCUCCGUCAACGUCGCUGGCGGCACGCUGGCGAUCGCGUUCACGCCGACGCCGACGCCGGCGGGAAAGGUGGCGUUCGUGAACGCCAUCGAGGUCGUGUCGCACCCCGACGACCUCUUCGGCGACGCGGCGCAGACGGUGAACCCCAUGGGCCGCUACACGGGGCUGUCCACGCUGGCGCUGGAGACGGUUCACAGGGUCAACAUGGGCUCUCCCAAGAUCACGCCCAGAAACGACACGCUGGGGAGGACGUGGCUCCCCGACGAGAGCUUCCUGGUCGACAGUUCCGUUACGGUGCACAAAGAUGUGGCGCCCUCGACGCUCCGGUGGACGCGAGGCUUCGCGACCUCCGAGACGGCGCCAGGCAUGGUCUAUGCUACAGCGACGGAGAUCAACACGACUCUCAUGUCCGCCAGCACCAUAAGCGUGCAGUUUAACAUGACGUGGAAAUUACAAGCCACGCCGGGGUCGGCGUACCUGCUCCGGCUACACUUCUGCGACAUAGUCAGCAAGGCGGCGAACGUAUUGGUCUUCAACGUCUACGUCGGCGGAUGGACUGUGCUGCCGGACUACGAGAUCUCCAGAGACACUUUCAGCGUUCAGGCCGUGCCGUUGUUCAAGGACUUUGUGCUCAGCGCCAAGGACGCCAGGGGCAACAUCACCGUGAGCAUCGGGACGUCCACGCUGGGCAACGCGGACCCGGACGGCAUCCUCAACGGCCUCGAGAUCAUGAGAAUGGUCGGGAGCACCGGCGGCGAAGGCGCCGCCUCGUCGGAGGGCGGUUCAAAGAAAAUCACCAUCGCAAUCGCCGCCGGUUCGGCCGUCGCGGGGGUCACAGUGGUGAUGGCUCUCGCGCUCACUGUCCUCAUGGUGCGACGAAGGAAGAAGCCGGAGAAGAAGCCGUCGAGCACAUGGGCCGCGUUCUCGGCGAGCGCGCUGGGCUCCCGGGCGCACUCGCGGAGCUUCGGCAACAGCAACAGCAGUGGCGCCAGGAACAACACGAUCACGCUCGGGCAGAGCGCCGGUGCUGGGUACCGGAUCCCCUUCGCGGCGCUGCAGGAGGCGACGUGCGGGUUCGACGAGGCCAUGGUGAUCGGCGUGGGCGGGUUCGGAAAGGUGUACAAGGGCACGAUGCGGGACGAGACGCUGGUGGCCGUGAAGCGCGGCAACAGGCAGUCAAAGCAGGGGCUGAACGAGUUCCGCACGGAGAUCGAGCUGCUCUCCCGGCUGCGGCACCGCCACCUGGUGUCGCUCAUCGGCUACUGCGACGAGCGCGGCGAGAUGAUCCUGGUGUACGAGUACAUGGCCAGGGGCACGCUCCGGAGCCACCUCUACGACUCCGAGCUGCCUCCGCUGUCGUGGAAGCAGAGGCUCGACGUCUGCAUCGGCGCCGCCAGGGGCCUGCACUACCUCCACACCGGCUCGGCCAAGGCGAUCAUCCACCGGGACGUCAAGUCCGCCAACAUCCUCCUCGACGACAGCUUCAUGGCCAAGGUCGCCGACUUUGGGCUGUCCAAGACCGGGCCGGAGCUGGACAAGACGCACGUCAGCACCGCCGUCAAGGGCAGCUUCGGGUACCUCGACCCGGAGUACUUCCGGCGGCAGAUGCUGACGGACAAGUCCGACGUCUACUCCUUCGGCGUCGUCUUGCUCGAGGUGCUCUGCGCGCGCCCCGUCAUCGACCCGACUCUGCCCCGGGAGAUGGUCAACCUGGCGGAGUGGGCCACGCAGCGGCUCAAGAACGGCGAGCUCGACAGCAUCGUCGACCAGCGGAUCGCCGGGUCGAUACGGCCGGAGUCGCUCAAGAAGUUCGUUGACACCGCGGAGAAGUGCCUCGCGGAGUACGGCGUGGAGCGGCCCGCCAUGGGGGACGUGCUCUGGUGCCUCGAGUUCGCGCUGCAGCUGCAGGAGGCGUCGCUGGACAGCUCCGGCACAAAGGCGUCGCCGGACAGCUCCGGCACAGACAACACGCAGCUAGUUCUCAGGAAUGCGUCCAGAUUACAUCGCAACCAGUCGAACGCCAGCGACGGGGCAGAGGCCAACUUGGGGGACCUCGAUGGUAUGUCCAUGAGGAGAGUUUUUUCAAAGAUGAUCAAGAGCGAGGAGGGUAGGUGAAGCUAAAAUUAUCUUGCAUCUUCGCAUCAUCCCAUGUACAGGACGGCAAAACGGCAAAGACAAUAGCCCAUUUCGGUUCCA